UAUAGGUAAAUGAGCACGCGGAAUUAUAAAGCACACUUUUAUGUGCCUUAAAAGAGUUUCAUAAUAUUUGAGCUUUGAUAUUCACGUACAGAAUCUGGAGAGUGGCGACAUCUGUGGAUGUCUUUAUAAUAAGCGUCAGUUAACAUGCAUGAUUGUGGAGUGUUGUAUGCGGCGAAUAACAUGCUUUGUGAAAUAUGUUUGGAAUAGAGUGAAAAGGUAUAGUAAGUACGAAUAAAUAUUCUGUUUUGGAGUGGUGAAACCACUGACAAGAAUCUGGGCAUGUACAUCGUAAAUGGUUAGGCAGUGUGGAAGAGAUUCUGAAUUUGUGAUUUUAGUUUGUGAAGUGAUAUAAAGACAUUAUCGACAGAUUGUAAUAUAUAUAUAUAUAUUUUGUUAAAGUGGUUUCAUACAAAAGUACGAUAGCUGGUUCAGGUUCAUAUAUUACACGGAACAUUGAUCGUUGAAUGGCGUUAUAGUCGGCGUGUUUUUCCAGCAUGCCAUGCUUCUACGUAGCCGUAGGUUAACAUAUUGUAUGCUAUAAUUGUGUUUUGUCCACGUAUCAGGCACCAAAUAUAAUACAUUAUUGUUACGGGGACGUUAAGAUUACCAUUGAAGGAGAAAUUCUAAUUUAGGUUGUCUGUUAUAUUGAUGUGUCAGUGUAAGAAAAGAAAUUGCGUCUCGCCUCGUGGUGAAACUGCGCUUGUGUCUUAUUAAGGAAAAUGGCGGCUCAAGUCGCACAGUCGAGUGAUGGCCCUCAAAGCAGAGAGACGGUCGGAGCAUCGUACGCGAACGCAGUUCUUAAUUUUAAGAACAUGGAUAGUAAUAAGGAAAACAUAAAUGCCGUAUCACAUCCGACACCUGUGGAGCAUUGUGCAAAAGAAGCUCCUACGAGAAGUAAGUCGACUUUACAAAAAAGUGUUAAGCAGCAUGGAUUGAACAGCUCUACUCUUAACAGUGCAAAUGGCAACGAGGAUUUCCCACAGAUUAUUCCACAAGGUAGGAAUUCGCGGAGAUUGCCCGACAAAGUGGAGAGUAACGAUAAAGUGACCAGUAAACCACCCAUAAAUGGAUCAUGUUCGGACAGGUCGGAAAAUGAUGGAAAAAGUUGUAAUGUUGAUGACGAAGGCGCUAAUAUUUCUGAUAAAGUUCCUGAGGAGGAGGAGAAGAAGAAGUACGUUGAAGCACCAUUGCCAAAGAUAAAUCCGUGGACACUGAAUAAAAAUGCUGCAUCGGUGAUAAGGGGGAAACAGCCGGAUGCCAAACCUCAGGCUGGGGCACAUGUGGUUGCACCUUCAGUGACUUGCACGGAGAAGAGAAUUUUGCAACCCCAACAGCAGGGUCGAGUAGAAAAUGGAGUUGUAAAUGCUGUGAAGCCAACUAUAGUCAGAGCACCUCGUGAUCGCCGGAGAUUCAAUCAACAUGCAAGUGACUUCUCAGAUGUCGAUGACUGGCCAACUCUCGGAGGCGCUGAGAAGAAAAGUCAGGUGAACCCCGUUCCAAUGGCAAAACAAAAUGGUCACAUAAAGGGAAAUGCCGGGAGCAGUAGCAGCAGUACCAGCAGUGCACAGGCUUCGAACGGCGACGGAGCGCAUGGCCCGUCAUUCCCCCCCGAAGAAAAGCCCGUGGAGAAUGGCAGCCCGUCCUUCGUGGAGGACCAGCAUAAAGGCUGCAGCCAACCUGCAGGGCCAGAGGCCGCAGAGAGGAGGAAAAAGAUUCCAAAGCAUAAAUGGGUUCCUUUAGACAUUGACUUGGCCAAGUCAUGUGGAAAAAGAGAGCGUGUACCGAAGUUUUAUGGCGGACAUUACAAGGACAGGAACGGCGAUCACGGGUCCGACUAUUACGGCCGUGAAGAUGGUGAUGGUUGGAGAGGUGCUGAUGGUUGGGACAGAGGUGGCCAUCACUAUAGAGGUGGUCGUGGCGGACCCAGACACAGAGGAAGAGGUGGUCGCGGUGGCGGACGAGGCUCGGGACGGGGGGGUUACCGAAGAGGGGGACCGCCCCACAAUGAGUCUGACUAUCCAGAUUACCCAACAGACUACACUCAGGUGAACAGUUUUGGGGGCGCGUCCGAGCAGCCAGCCUUCAUGAUGCCCUACUUCGGGACGUUCUACUUUGAUAAUAGCAGCUACAUGCAUUUGGAUGAACCAACGCUAAAGGAGUACAUACGGAAACAGAUAGAGUACUACUUUAGCGAGGAGAACUUGUUGCGGGACUUUUAUCUUCGCCGGAAGAUGGAUAGCGAAGGCUACUUACCAAUUAAACUUAUUGCAUCAUUCCAUCGAGUGUACAGAUUGUCUACAAAUAUUGAAGUUGUGUGUGAUGCUAUAAGGAACUCGGAUGUGCUUGAAGUGAAUGAUUACAAGGUUCGAACCAAGAUAGACCCAACAAAGUGGCCAAUAACCGAACCCGGCAAACAGUUCUUUAACGCAGGUCAUCAUCAUCAUCAUCCUGGUGUCAGGUUCAUAAUGCCAGGUCAGGUACCCGUAGGUGUCCAUCAAUUUGCACACCCACGAAGUAUACCCAUUCAUCAGAUCCCCCCGCCACCUCUCAGAGCUAAUUUCCAUUCGUUCCUGCGUCCCUCAGCUCCUCCAGUGACACUUGACUUGGAUGAACUUGAAAAUGGCACAGAUUUCCAUCACAUGGGUGAAAACUUAAAUCCAGAUGUUCCUGAAUUUAUCCCAGUAACUGUAAGGAUCCAGGAUGAAAGUGGGGAUCAUAUUUCAACAGAGACUGAAGGUGAACAGUGGAACGAAGGCCUGGAGACUGGCCGUAAAGAAAAUUCUGAAACGACGCUCGACUCCCGUGAAGAUGAGAGAAGGGCAGAUCUGAGCGGUUGUGAAGAACGACUUGAGGGCGAGGAUGAAAUGAAAGUGGCUGUCCAGAGGAACAGUUCCCAGUCUUAUUUCAGUGCAAACCAAGAAGACGACAACGCUUGGAGAGAGGUAAAGCGGAGAGUAAAACCACCGCCGAAAGACAAACCUGAAGAAAAGAAAGAGCGAGAGCACUUCGAGGAAAGGGAGGAAUUGGAUUUUCAGUUUGAUGAAGAAUUGGAUGGGCCUGUCCCAUCAGGAAGGCAUAACACUUUCACGGACUGGUCUGAGGAUGAAUCAGACUAUGAACUCAGUGAUCAUGAGAUCAACAAGCUCCUGAUCGUCACACAGUCUACCUCGCAGUCGUCACGCUACCCAAAACACGAAGGGUACGACCGCACAGGUGACUGGACCACCAGAGUGAAGAUAACACAGGAUCUUGAACAGGUCAUCAGCGAUGGAUUGAACUAUUACGAGGACGGGCUCUGGACAGAGCAAGAGUGGCAGAGCUCUGGCAGCUACAAGACUGUGAAUAUCAUAACGCAAGAAGAUUUUGAGAAAAUGACGCCACGCGCACCACGUAAACUCAACCCUGAAGUUCCUCCGCCUCCUCCACCCUCUCUGGCACAGUCGUUGUCAGCUGAGGAGUCGGUACCGGAGGUUGCACGAAGACCUGCACCAUUGGAGGUUCCCAUAUCAGAACCCCCUGCUUUCCAAGGCAUAAGUGGGGCCUGGCCACAUAAAGAGCGUCACCACCGACGAGCGUCACGUUUUUAUGCUGUUACCAAAGAUGGUUGCCCUCCAGACACGAGCACUCUUCGAAAGCGCAAAACAAGGCACACCAAUAAUCCACCAGUGGAAAGUCACGUUGGAUGGAUCAUGGAUGUCAGAGAGCACAGGACGCGUACGAACUCCAGCAGUAGUGCUGGGACGAGUCCCAGUGAGAGUUAUCCGGUUGGCAGCUCUGGCAGCACGCCUCAGUCAUUGCCAACCUUCCAGCAUCCGUCUCACUCGCUACUGAAGGAAAACAACUUCAAGCAGGAAGUCUAUAGCAAGUACUACUCCAGGUGUCUUAAAGAGCGCAAGAAGUUGGGGAUUGGGCAGUCCCAGGAAAUGAACACAUUGUUCAGAUUUUGGUCUUUCUUCCUGAGAGAGAAUUACAAUCGUAAAAUGUACCAGGAAUUCAAGACGUUGGCAGUGGAGGAUGCCCGAGAAGGAUACAGGUACGGCCUGGAGUGUCUGUUCCGCUUCUAUAGCUAUGGUUUGGAGAAGAAGUUCCGCCCUGAAGUGUAUCAGGAUUUUCAAGCUGAAACCAUUGCUGACUUCGAAAGCGGUCAGUUGUAUGGACUGGAGAAGUUCUGGGCUUUCUUAAAGUACUACAAGCACAGUUCAAAACUACACAUCGAUCCCAAGUUGAAGGAGUGCCUCUCUGGCUACAACGACGUGAAGGACUUCCGUGUGGUUAUGCCUGGUGUUGAGAAUGAGUUGCGAGGUGGAUUCAGAGGAAUGUUCCACCCACACGCCGUAAAACGUCGCAACCGCAGCGUUUCAGAGAGUUACAGCAUGGAUCUGAGACGGCAGUCCAGUUCCGACCGCCAGACGGCACUGCAGUUUCAGAAGCGCGUGCGGCGCUUGUCAGGAGGUCCCGGUUCUGGUAACGGUCAAGGUAGAAGGCGCACAGACUCUGUGGGGCCAAGUUCUUCUGGCACAAGCCAAGUGGCUCACGGCUCAUCAGGUCGGACGAGAUCCAAUUCUUUCAAUUCUGCAAGAAGUUUGGAACCAAGCAGUUCCAAUGUAAAACAUUCAAAUUCAAAGGAUUCUAACCAAAGUACAAAUAAAGCCAGAGUCAAUUUUGAUCUUGGCGAAUCAGACCCUGUCGCUUCAAAUGCCAGCAACUCUAAAUCUGAUUCAUCAGAUCGUAUUUCAGGUUGUAAGGUACGUGAGUCAGGAGAUAGGACCAGUGGUUCACCUGUAUCUAAUCCUGUUCACAAAAAGAAAGAAUCCUCUGGUUGUAAGAAGAGUGUCGAAAAACAGAAAAGAUUUGGGGACACUCAGAGGGAUGCUGCUAGCAAAGAACAGGAUGCAGUGGAACGUGUUGCAUUAUCAGAAAUGAAACACGAAAACAGUUCUUUGUCAUCUCCAGAACUGUGAGAAUAAUUUUCCAUACUGUGAGGUCCUCAUCAUAAAAAUUCUGACUUCAAAGUAGAACACGAGGCGUGGAGUACUGAACUUACUGCUUGUUGAAGUACGUCCAGUUACUGAUUAUUCCGUAUCGUAUGGCGCAAUAUCAUCCCGAUUCAAUAUUUAUGCUUAAAGAUGCAAGGCAGGUGGUUUCUCGGAAAGCGAUACAUUCACGUUUUUUUUUUUUUUUUUUUUACAGACAGGGGUGCCAUAAUCAAUUUUAAUUUGGCAUACUGGGUAUUUUUUUUUGGUGCCUAACGUAGUAUGAUAUAGUGUUCGUAUGAAAUGAUACGCAGUUAAUUUGGAAGCUGAGCGUGGCUUCCUCCAAAUAAAUUUGGUGAAGGGGGACUGGCAAUUUUUAAAACUUAAGUUUCAUGUUCUGAGCUGGAAAUUUAAUUCUUGUAAGUCUUCCAUUUUACGGACAUCAUAUUUUAUUUGGCAGUGACUACCGUUAUACCUGGACAAUAUUGUUUGUUAGCCCAAGUCUUAAUUAUUAGAUGAAAUGCUUGCAUAUUAAUGACGUAACAUAUCUCUUGAUCAGUGCAUUAUUUUUUGCUACAGUUAGUUUAUGCACGCUGAUUGCUCUGCGAGUUGUAUUGCGAAUUAAUCAGUCAUUUCUUGAAGGCCCUUUAUCCAAACAGACCGCCUUUGAGCAAAUUAUGAAGAAGCAUUUUGCAUCCAUCACACUGUCAUCUAAAAUAUUUAGAAUUAUUAUUUUCAGCAUUUUUAAGUGCCUAAAAUUUAUGACUACGGAGGUUGAAGGACUCUGAUGUCAGGUCCAGCUUUAUCGUCCGAUAACGUGCGGGUACGGUUAUGAUUUUAGAAGCCGAAUAUGGUCUCAUAGAUGCGUGCCGGUUGAAUCUAGCGUAGGAUGACAUGCCAAUGAAAAAUCAUCUGAUAGCCGUUGUCUUCAGGACAAGGAAAUGCUGCAGAAAUCAGUCCCUCUUCCAGGAUGCCGUUAAGAUACAGACCAUUAAUCGCAUCAAGCGGUCCGAAAGACACGCGGAGCCCAUCGCGCCGGUUUAAGAAUAGUCGGAGCUGCUGAAAAGGCGUCGUUGAAAAACUACAAAUAAAUAAACUCGUGUUGAUCAAAAGUUGGGAGAAUGGGCUUUUUUGAAAUGACUGAUUAAAAUGAUAAUUUACCAUCUUCACUUAAUGGGUUCAGUGAAUGGCGAAGGAUGCCACUGGAGUUUUAUAAGUCAGUGGAAAUACCUGUGAAAGAUAUUCGGAAGAAAAUGUUAAAAAAGUAAGCAUUUCAGCGUCUGUUCUUAUUCUUCUGUAUCAUAUUUCUCUUGUUUUUGGAUCAGAUGUGAAAUAUCUUGCAGUCUGGAAAACAAAGGCGUAGUCGUAUGAUAAAGUGUGUGUGUAUAUGUAUAUAUGUAGCGGUGAAUUGCUUUCUGUUGCGAUGUACCGAUUGCCAACAUGGUCUCUUCUGAACAGUGACGUAAUUAAAAAGUGAGGUUGCAGGAAGUAUUUUGAUAGUCUCUGCAAAGAGAAGUUUGCUUUCUCAGCAACCUAAUGUAACAUAAUUGUGAUAUAGUUAUAACACGAGUUUGCCGUCGAUCUCGUAAUUGGCGGGGGUCAUAUCUAUAUAUUUAUAUAUAUAUAUAUAUGCAGGGACAUUGCUUACCCUGUAUGAGUGAAAAUUUGAUGUUUGCGUGUGUACAGUUGAAUUUUAAAACUGAAAUCAGUAUAGGACUAGUCUUUAAUCCAGGUUUUAAAAUAAAUAACACAAAUUUAUAUUGUACGCACUGACUUAAGCAGUGUGGUUGAAGCACCAUAAGUGUUUCUUCAAGUGGAAUGGUAUAACCUAUGUUAGGUUCGAUAUUUCUUUUCUCUCGUGUUAGUGGACGAGAAUACAUUUUUAAAAAUAACGCUGUACAGUAUAUUCCAUAACAGUGAAAUAACUUUGGUAUAAAAGACCAAAUAUGCUCUUUGGAAGGUAACAGUGAAUGAGGUAUCGUUUAAAAGAAAGAAAAUUCUAAAAUGUCAUACGAGUAAGAACGUGUUUAAGAAUAGAUUGUUACGGACACGUGUUCGGCAGACCACAGGCGAGGAUUAUGUGAAUGUUUUGUGUGACUGGGUAUUCCACGUGCAUUGGUGCUCCGUUAAUAACGAGGCUGUCCGUAGUCUCAUCAUUCGGUUUAGUCGGGUGCAGGGUCAUGAGGUCAUUGUUAUUCUGUUGAGCUAACUCGUGUCUUCGGUACCAACAGCCAGAGUCGUUGUAUGACUCUGUGCCAAUUGUGGCUUCCAUUUAAAUAUGAAAGAUUUCCUGUUGUUAAUUUUUUUUUUGCAACGUGACGUAACAUUAUGUAACACGUGCGUGUAUCCGAUGUUACAGUUACAAUUUUGUUUUGACUUGCUUGUACUUUAUAUAGGUUGCAUUUGUUUAAGGGUCACUAGAAGAGCAUUUAUGUUUCUUUUAAGUUUCUGCGUUAAAGUGGGCUUCGGUUUUGUUUGGACAGAACAGGAUUCUGGGACAGACGGGGUUUGGGUGUGGGUUUUUUUUCCUGUCAUUUGGAAAGAUGCUUUGCAGUAAUUAGUUCUGUUGUGUAUAAAAUAGAAUUAGUUGUGUGUUGUUCUAUAUAUAAUCAUGAUUGUGUUUUAUUUUAUAUAUUAGUGGUAUUUUAAUGGUUGGUGGUAGCAUCCUUGAAGUGUUUAUUAUUUUCUGGGGGGGGUGGGGGGGCAGCGGAAGAGGUGACUUGCAUUUAUUUUUUGUGUGUUCACAUGUGUAGUUAAAUAUUAGAUGCCUGUGUCUUAUAUACAUGCCCCCCUAGUUAUGUAAAUUAUGUUUCAAAGCCUUUAAUGCAAUACUACAUUGUGAGAGAUUUUAGGAUCGUCUCGUGUGCUUGUUUUGAUGAGAAGAUUUGGCUGUGGUAACUUCUCAGGAGCUUUGUUGCAGGUUUGCAAUUUUAUUUAAAGGAAGCUUAGUGACAAACAUAAUAUUUUUUUUCUUCAUAUGUAUGAUCUGGGAAGGUGGCACUACGUAAUUAUUGUUCACUAGUAAGAAAUUUCCAGAAUGUUUUUGCCAUAUGAAAAUGUUAAGGAUCAUUUUUGACAGAUCAUUCGUUACUGACAGAAAUUAUCAGGGCUUAUCACUGUAUUAGCUCGUGUCAACAGAAACUCGGCAGUUUUACUAAUUAUUGCAUUUCUUACAACGGCGUGCAUGUUUCUGCAACGGAUACUAUACAGAGUAUCUGUAUUUUUAAUCUGGAUUAAGCAAAUCUCAAUUCAUAAAAAUGUAACAAAUUUGUCACCGUUAGAAUCUUUAUGGCUUGUAUUGAUUGUGCUGCGUUCAAGGCCCAGUUGCCUCCAGCUGCAUAGACUUGAGGACCUCUCUUGUUGCUGAAACGUGCGCGCGCUAUUGUAAAGUGCGUAACGACGCAUAGAACUGUCGACGGUUAAAACAGGAAAUAAUAAGUGGUUUUAUAUAAGGAGUAAUAAAUGUAUCUCUUGAAAGUGCAGAAACUAUUGGAUUAGGUUAGGUUACGUAAAUGAAAGGCAUUUUGUGAUUAAGAGUUUGUGAUUUUAAUAAAUGAUAACAGAAAUUGUAAACAAUAUUUUAGCUGCGUUCUUGUCGUUUGAGAUUCAAAAGUAAAUGUGUAAAAACUUUAUUUUAAUUGAUUAGGACGAUACUGUGUGAUCGGAGGUUUAACUGAUUAAUCAGUCUUGAGGGGCGUUUUAACAUCUGGACCCAACCAUUGGAAUAGUUUCUUUGCCUGCAAAAGCUGUACCAUCUCGGCAUGUUUGUGUAAAAAGGGGAAUUUAUUUAGAUAAGGCUUGAGGUUGUAUAUUAUGUAAUUUGAAAUUGAAAUGGUAGUGUAAUGUCUGUGUACGUGAUUCAACAAGUACAUGUAAUACUUACGUGUGUUUCGGAGCAGUUCAGUUGUUGUUAAAAUGAACAGAAACUUCUGAAUCAUUGCUUCUCACAUGAUUAUGUGCUUUGAAAGGUAAAUUUAAAAAAAGAAACAAAAAGAGAAUCAUUUUGAAACAUCACAGCACAAGCAGACUUAAUAUGUAUAUAAAAUACUAAUAUUCUGUAAACUUGGAUGCUCGGAAACCAGAAAGCGUUUACUAUAAACCUCCAUCGUAUGGGGACUUCAACUCUGAUGUUACCAGUUCAGCGGUAUGUAUAACUUUGACUUUUGGGCGAACGUCACGCCGAAUGUUCGGUGUUAACUAGCGUUUUGACGAACAUUGCAGUUCCAUUUUCAAGGUGGAGACGAGGUGGGGCAAGUUUUGAAGGCGCCGUACAGGCCGUGCUUUGCAGUUGAAGUUGCGUGGGCUUUUCGAUAUCUUGAUUGCCUCCGUGAUUAUGUGGGAAUGGUAGCCGCCGUGUUAUCAGUGACUUCUGUUUUGUCGAACUCGGGGCCCUAUAUAAGACCUUGAUUACUGGCCACAUCCCGUAUCCACCUUCAAAAUGGCACCUGCCUUGUCUGCCGAAACGUUGGCCAACAUCAAAACGUUCGGCGUGACUCUCACACGAAAGUCAAAGUUAUGCGUUGAACUGCAGCCUCAAAAACCUAUGGACAAAAGUUCAGUGGUAAGUUAGUGCAGAUCACUCUUGUCUCCUUUAAAGCCUUUUAUCGACUGCGCGCGGCUGCCUCGCGCACCUGUUCGUGCGCGGCAAACUCGUUCGUUCGCUCAUUGUGCUCGUGGUUACCAGCAUCGAGCGCGGCAACCGUGUUCGGCUGUGAUCGACGCUGUUCGUCAGUUCUCGCAAGAUCACUAUGAAUACAGCACAGUGAAAUCCCUUUGCCGCGGGACAAAGAACCGCUCAGAUUUGGCUCGACGCGCGCCAAGUUCGAGCGCGGCAUUGUUCGUUCUGCCACGCGUGGCUACAUGGUAUCGACUUUGCGAGGCAAAGCAACGAACAUUGCCUCGCGAGGCAGCCGCGCGCAGUCGAUACAAGGCUUAACGAGACAGUCCUGUUGUUGUAACACAUGAAAUAAUAUCCCUGUUUCUGGAACUGGAAGGUUGAAUGUAAGGCCAUAAUGAUCAUAUUUACCAGACUAAAGUAAAAAAAAAUAUCUGCUAGAAAGUUAAGACAGGCAAGUUUUUUGAGAAAGCUCGUAUAUUACAAUUUGGCGCGAUUCAUUCAAAAAGGUACAUGGACACGUGGCUUGUCGGCUGUGAAGCGACUUUACCAAAAUGUGGAACUGCUUGGUUACUUUUUUUUCAGCAAAAAAUGUCAUGACGUGUAGGUAUGGUUUGAGUUUUAUUACCGAGUGAUUUCUUACUCUCUGCAUAUUCCAUUAGAUGCAUUGUAAUGUGUACCUUUACUUGUUAAUAUAACUCGCAUAUCAGAAACCUGCGGGUGUAAUUUAGAGAGCUGAACCCAUGUUGUGGCUACAUGAUAUGAAAAUGUAUAAUUGAGGCACAUCUGAAUCUCUGAAGAAAAUUUUAGACAAGGGCUUGAAAUGUGUGUUACCAUUUAAUGAAUGGAGUGAAAAGUCAGUUUUGCUGUAUGAAACUGAUCUGUUUGACAUAGUCUAGAACAGGGGUCGUCAACCUGGUCCCCACCGCCCGCUAGUGUGCGAUUCAAGCUUUCGUGGUGGGCGGUGGGGUUUUUUGUCCGUUGUUACAAAUUUUGUUCUUCCCCCCAUAUAUCGAACACACUGCUAACAACUUCGCGAGUUUGACUUUUUAAAAUAUGGUUUUGUAAGUUACUUUUGAAUUCCAUAUGAUUAUUGAUAAUAAUUCACCGGACACUUCUCAAAAUAUACUCGUGGACGAGGGAGCAACGAAUGAGCUCCGUAGCCAAAGGCACGAGUUUAGUGAGCAUAACGAGGGCGGGGCUGUACCUCUUUCAUGGUGGUGGGCGGUAAGGAAAUUUUACCAUCAACAAAGAUACAAAAGUGGGCGGUAGGUAUACAAAGGUUGACGACCCCUGGUCUAGAACAUGCUUCAGUCAGUGACCUUGUUUUGAUUGUGUUAUUUUUAUGAGGCUUAAAAUAUGUUUUGAGCUAGUAACAAGUUCCUUAAAUAUGCUGUACUAAUUAGAGGUAGAAUGUUCACAUAUAUGCCUCACACAUAAAAUAAACCAUCCAACAACACAACUUGGGAAGGACAAAUACUGUCGUGGAAAUCGUCAGUUCCUGACUCAGGAUGUUCUCUAAAGAGUCAGAUGUUGAGCUGUUUUCGCAGAUCACAGCAGCCCACCAUUGGUUCCCAUUCUGAAGCAUCAUAUUCCGGAUUACGUAGUCUCAGUACCCAAUGCUGUAAGAUCCGUUUUGGCACUGAUCUUCCAUCUACACUGCAUUCUGCGAUGUUAAGCAACACAAAUGUUACUCGCGUUUGUUUCUCCCACAUUUACGUGAUCGUUUUUGAAAUAGUCCCUCGACUGAGAUACUCAUUGCACAACUGGAACUUAUUCUUCCCCACCCGUUGGUAAGGGUUUCCGCACGAGUGGCAGUGCAGUGUAUUGUGUUGCGGGGGUGGGCACAUUUUGUGAAAGGGUGCAGUGUAGCCGUUCGUGCCCGCUCUGCUGACAGCAGACUUCUCUUCGUGUGUGGACACUAAGUUAACAAUCACUGUUGAUAAACAGCUGAGCUUUAUAACUUGAAACUUGGAACGUGGUCACGUUGUUUUAGAUUAUAAAAAUUAAUCAGAUUUUCAACUGUGCUAGAUCUUAAUAGGCCUAAUGUGCUUCCAGAUUUUGUAAAUAAUCCUUUUGCUUUGUAUAUGUAUGAAUAUGUAGCCAUAAAUUAGUGUAAUCCAAAACAUAUUUUACAAAGAAGAACGAAAUCUGCAAUCAUAGAAAACUGUAAAACUAUAUGUGAGAUUUGAGGUUCUCAUGGUGGCAUAGAUGAUAAUGUUCUUCUGAAUUGUGAUGCUAUAUAUACUUGUGGGUAUACACCAGUGUUUCGGAGAGACAUUCUGUCUCCACCUUCAGAGUUAAGGUCGUAUCUGCCCACAAGUUUACGCGGCACCAGAACCGAGAACAACAUUGUCAUAGGAGUGUAAUGUAUAGCGUAUAAGAGAACAUGUAAAUUUACUUAAUGUCCGAUGUAAGGACUUGUCUGCAUUGCCCGUUGCUCCUGAUGUGCCGAUGCCCUUGCGCGGUUUUGUGUGUUGAAUCGGGGGAAUUGUAAUUUUUGGUUUUAUAUCUUCAUCAAUUUUGGUAUUUUGAUAGGGCCUCUGAGCAUCGACAAAUCGUGAAUCUCGUCUCAUCCGGAGAUACGCUUUGUAGCUUCUGGACACUAUCACAGAAUAUGAAGUACCCCGAGUACAGUCCCAGGUAUGAACAAUUCCCAUGAAAGAUGUGAGAUUCUCACAGUGGUGAGUACGAAGAUGGUUGUCUUCUGAGUAUACCGAUGUUUUUAGAGGUAGUUGUAGCCUCUGUCAUCAGGGUGGUGGUGAUUUAGGCAGCGAGUACCUCUGGAAUGUUGGUAAACUUCUACCAGACUACAGGGCACAUGAACCCAGCAGACAGUUCAGUUUGUUAUUGACGCUGUAUGAGUAGUCUGUAACUGCAGCGUGAGGCUCGGCUUUCUGACCACAGAAGCUGUGCGAGUGUGGCGGUACUGUGCCUGGCUUGAAUCUAUGUCCUCAAUGUAGCCACCGUUCUCACGUGAAUAUUGCCAUGUCAGAUACCAGGUACAACCAUGUGGUGAUUUUUCUAACAAACUUGGAUUUCACUUUUCAGAAACAUUCAAUUGGAGGAUGAUUUCAGGUGUUGAUACAUUGUCAUAAGAUAGUAGCUAAUGUCUGUUCUCAUCUCAGGGCAGUAGAAUGAAGAAUGUUAACAUCUUAUUCAGGGUUGUCUUCAGUAGCCUAGUAGUGGCAUGAUGAUCCUGAAAGUAAGGUACCAAAGUUUAAUUUCAAGCAGGGUUUAAAUUGUUUCCAUCUUGAAUCAGAAUAGAUUAAUAUCCUAAAAGUAAUUUCACAUUGUAAUUUUAAAAAUUUAAUUUGGUUUUGAAACGAUAUCAGCAAAGCAGACCGGAACCUCACAGACUGGUGCCUGAAAGCAGAAUUCACGUGCUGAACGUCUAAAGAAUAAAAUGAGAGGAGUGGGAAUCCAAUUAAAGGAAUUUACUAAGAUUAGAACUUUUGACAUUUAAUGAUUAUUUUUGCUUGUGAAAAGACUGAGAAAACCCUUUAUAAUUUGGGAAUUUAAACACAUUUAAAUUCUAAGAGUCAGUAGUUCCAUUUCUUAACCACAGCCAAGGUGUUAAAAUUGAAUACGUGAUAAGUGAAAAAGUUCAUUUCACUGUUAUAUUGCAUAAAGAGGGAAGCCGAGUCGCAGCGUAUUUAUUGAGAAGUGCAAUUCAAUGCCAUUCCGCAAUAUAAUGUUGCAAGUAUGUGUGUAUCGCUGGUUCCUCUACCUGUCGCUGGUUUCCGUACGUGGUUGAUCAUUUGGAAAUCGAAAUGAACAGCUCAUGUUUUCUACUAUUUGAAAUUUCCUUUUGUGUAAUCAUUCCAAAAAAAAAAAAAAAAAAAACCAUGAGUAGUUUGAAAAGUAUGUAUGAAGAGAAAUUUUUCUUAUUAAAUGCUGCUGUUACAUGAAAUAUUUUACAGUUAGGAAAGAUACAUUUAAGUCAUCCCUGCACCUUUACGGAAAGAAAUUUAUACUGUCCGUGAUGGCCAAAAUAAUAUGUACGAUAAAUUAUAAUAGGGAUUUACGUGUUCCAAAUUUCAUCAAAAUUCAUUCACUAUUUUUGGUGUUGUGCGUUCGGACUGUGCACUCAAUAGCGAUUCCUCUUCAGAAACUGUGGGUAGAUGCAUGUCCUGUCAUGCUGUACUGUCUCUUCCAAGGUGCGAUAUGUUGCAGGCUUUAUUAUUCGGCAUUGUCAUAGUUGUCCACACUUUGCGUUUUUGACGAACGCACUUACGAGAAUAGUGAUCUUAAAUUGAUAUUUUCCAGAUUCACCUUGCAAGUACCUGUUGCAUUUGUGUUAUGCAAGAAGGGAUUAAGUCAAAAGUAAUUCCUAUUGAUUUAAGCCCUUAUUACGAAGCACUGUAAACUUCACUGAUGCCGCUUUUAUGUCGGUGGUGUGUUUAUUUUCUCAUAGCGUACACGUGUUACGAAAAGCAAAACGAGACAAGGAAUGGAUCUCCAUACUUUGUUUUGAACGCUGCCCUUAAACAAGUUUUUGUUCACGUGGACGGAGUGCGAAGGUGUGCCACAGGUAUGCCUUUCGGUAUACAUUACAUUUGGCUGGUCAGCGCUGUGUUUUAUGUUUUAAAUUUGUCAGAGAGACAGGGAAAGGAGACAUUGUAAAUUUUGUCUGUGCAUUUUGGUGUACUGUAAGGACUUUAAUACUUGCUUCUUUAAAUAUGUGUACUGAAGUGAGAGCUGGCAUAGCUCAGUCAUUAUAGUGACUGGCUACGGACCGGACGGCCAGGAUUCGAUCCCCCCGAGGGGGGCAGGAGAUUUUUCCUCUAGCCUCUGUGUUCAGACUGGCUCUGGGGCCCAGCCAGCCUCCUAUCUAAUGGGUACCAGGGUCCUUUCCUGGGGUAAAGCGCGGCUAGGGCGUGAUGCUGAUCUCUCCUUCCCCCCCCCUCCCCCUUGACCUUCAUGGCGUGUAGCGAGAUUACUUUACUUUACGUUUUCCUGAAGUAAGAAACUUCUGAAACCAUAGUUUAGAUCUUUGUAAAUGUCUUUAUUAUGCCAAUAGUUUGAGAGAAAGAACGCUCAUUAGGAUGCCGUAAGCACGCUUCUUUCUACAGUUUUUUUAAAUUGAGAAAAUAAGUUCAUGUGAGAUACUGGAAUUGUCAGCUUCAUUUAUAAGAAGGAUUUAUUUCCUCAAAACUGAGCAUUGUGAUUGAAACAAAGACAUUUCUUACCCCUCGCAUAGCCGAAUCCUUGUGUAAUAUUAUGCAGAAAUGUGCACCAUUUUCAACAUAACUACGGUAAGAAAUUGCAAAUGUGAAAUGUGGCACAGAAGUAAGUAGGUGGGGGAACUGCGAUAUGAAUAAACUUCAAGCAACUUCAGGAUUUCUUACUGAACUCUUAUCUUGUUCCAAGAAAAUGUUGAUUUUUUUUUCUUCACAUUUCAGCAGGUAUUUUCUGGAUGCUCAAUUAGUAUCUUAGCAUAAAUGAAUACAGUUUUACAUUUGUAUUACUUAUAAUUCAUCUUUCUUUGUGAUUAUAGUUUCUACUUGAACACAGCUAACAUCUGUUGUAUAUAUAUAUAAUUGUUUAAAUAGUAAAUUUUUCACAUACCGAGUGCCUUUGUUCUACAAAAAUCAAGUUGUAUGAAGGUAAAUGAUAAAUUCCUCUUCCAGAAAGUAACAUUGUUAAUAAACAUGAAUAAAUGUUUUUGAGUUUCUUUAAAAUGUAUUGUAGGUAGAUCACUUGAUGUAGUUUUUGUAUGUAUGCUAUUCUCACAUAUAUAAGGAAGAAAAGAUGAAUAAAGUGAAGUGGUGUGUGUGUGUGUGUUUGUUAA